UUGUUGUGAGGCAGCAUGUUAUUGCGAUCGCGAAAAAUUUCGAAUAAUUCCCGAGUGAAUAAUCGAUCAAUAAUCAUUGGAAAUGAGAAGUAAACGUCGAGGCGUGACUAAUGACGUACCACAUCCACACUGAUGUGACGUAAUUACACUGUGGUGGUGCCGGGGGGUUGAUAAAAUUAUUAGUGAAAAAUUUUCCAAUUCUCACCUCGUUCAUAUCAUUUUUAAAAUGUCACUCAUGGUGACAAUGAAGACGAAGAAAAAUGAUGACAGUGAUGAGGGAAUUGGGGACAGUGAGGAGACGAGUGACAUCGAAAAAUAUGACAGUGAGGAUUGGAAAAUGCCAAUUGCGUUCAAUAAACCGAGGCACAUUGUCAGCAUCGAGGGUGUCAAUUGCAUCACACAGUCCUGGCGGAUGAAGGAGCGAAUGAAAACUGUCAGCGUUGCCCUGGUACUGUGCCUCAACGUCGGUGUGGACCCCCCAGAUAUUGUGAAGACACAGCCUUGUGCGAGACUCGAGUGCUGGAUUGAUCCCCUGUCAGUGAGUCCCCAGAAAGCGCUCGAGACAAUCGGCUCGAACCUCCAAAAGCAGUACGAGCGUUGGCAGCCCCGAGCGCGUUACAAACAGAGCCUAGACCCCACAGUGGAGGAAGUGAAGAAGCUCUGCACCUCGCUCCGGAGGAACGCCAAGGAGGAGCGAGUCCUCUUCCACUACAACGGCCACGGGGUUCCAAAGCCCACAAGCAACGGCGAGAUAUGGGUCUUCAACCGGACCUACACCCAGUACAUUCCCCUCUCAGUCUACGACCUGCAAACCUGGAUGGGUGCCCCAAGCAUCUACGUCUACGACUGCUCAAACGCAGGGAUAAUAGUGGACUCAUUCCAGCAGUUUGCAGAUCAACACGAGAAAGAAUACGAAAACGAGAAGCAGGCGUUGCAGCAGAACCGUGUGGCCGGUGUAGCAGGCCCCUCGAUGCCCUCCUACAAGAACUGCAUUCAACUAGCAGCUUGCGCAGCCAACCAGAUCCUCCCAAUGAACCCAGACUUGCCAGCGGAUAUUUUCACCUCUUGCCUCACGACACCCAUUAAAAUCGCCUUAAGAUGGUUCGUGAUGCAGAACACCUCAAAACUAGUCCCAAAAAUAAACCUCGAUCUGAUCGACAAGAUCCCAGGCCAAUUGACAGAUCGCAGAACAAUGCUCGGCGAACUCAACUGGAUAUUCACAGCAAUAACCGACACAAUCGCCUGGAACACCCUCCCCAGAGAUCUAUUCCAACGGCUAUUCAGGCAGGAUCUCCUGGUAGCCAGCCUCUUCCGGAAUUUCCUCCUGGCUGAGAGGAUCCUGAGGUCCUACGACUGCACCCCAGUGUCCUGUCCAAAGCUCCCAGCGACCUAUCAACACCCAAUGUGGCAAGCCUGGGACCUGGCCCUGGACCUCUGUCUAGCUCAAUUACCAGCGAUCCUCGAGUCUGAAGAUCAAUUCGUACAUUCCCCGUUCUUCGAGGAGCAACUGACAGCCUUUCAAGUCUGGCUGACACUGGGCUCGAAGAACAGAAAUCCCCCGGAACAACUGCCAAUCGUCCUGCAAGUAUUACUGAGUCAAGUGCACAGGCUGAGAGCUCUCGAGCUCCUGGGGAAGUUCCUGGACUUGGGGCCCUGGGCUGUGAAUCUAGCUUUGAGUGUUGGAAUAUUUCCCUAUGUGUUGAAGCUGCUGCAGAGCAAUGCCAGGGAGUUGAGGCCACUUUUGGUGUUCAUUUGGGCCAAGAUAUUGGCUGUUGACAGCACUUGCCAGCUGGACUUGGUGAGGGACAAUGGGCACAAGUAUUUUUUGUCCGUUCUUCAAGAUGUUACCAUGGCUAGUGAGCACAGGACACUUGCUGCUUUUGUUCUAGCCAGUAUGGUGCACAAUUAUUCUCUGGGGCAGGAAGCUGCUCUGCAGGGGAGUUUAGUGUCGAUUUGUCUGGAACAGUUGGGGGACAGCAAUCACUUGCUGAGACAGUGGUUGUGUAUCUGCUUAGGUAGGCUGUGGCAUAAUUAUGAUAAGGCUAGGUGGUGUGGGGUCAGGGAUAUUGCUCAUGAAAAAUUGGGGAGUUUGUUGCGUGAUCCUGUGCCGGAAGUUAGGGCUGCUAGUGUUUAUGCACUUGGUACUUUCAUCAAUAGUGUUACUAAGCGAAGUGAACAUGCUAAUAACAUCGAUCAGAUGAUUGCUAUGACACUUAUAAACACGGUUACGCAUGAUAUGUCGCCAUUGGUGAGGAAGGAAUUGGUUGUGGCACUACAGUGGAUGGUUUUGCACUUUGAAAAUUCAUUUGUCACACUGGCUAUUGCUGAGGAGAACUCGAGGAGGGAUCUGGUCGUUGAGACCUUCUCACCGUUCAGCGGCAUGAGGCGGAUUGGAUCCAGGGACAGGCUCAAGGUUAUGCCUAAUAAUACGUAUAUUGGGGAUAAUGAACUGGGACAAGACAGGAUCAAGAGGGUUUCUUCGUCUUCCUCGAUCAGCAGCUUGGGGAAUAACUGGGAGUUUGUGAGGAAACCUUGCGAGUUCCUUGGUCACUCCUCCCUGGGGAAUCUUCCGAGUCUCUCCUACGGUUCCGUCUACAUGAAGCUCUGGCACGGCUUAGGAAACCUCGACAAUGAUCCUCACCCAGGUGUCGCCGGUAUGUCUCAAAAGGUGACAGGUCACAUCCGCAAUCAAAUAAAAGAAUCAUCCGCCCCGAAAGAGGUGACAGAAGCCAAAUACGCGUCCUCCCUGUCCCUCCCGCCGUCCCCCUCAAACCGAACGAGUUACCUAAAUAAAAGUGAGUCCCCACCGACGACAAACUCAGCAGAUCUCCUCCGAACAACCCGAAUAACUCCCCACAGCAAUCGUGGAAGGAAACCAAUGCCAAACACGAUAUCAGAGGAGUCGGACGAAACAGUUGGUACAAAAACACCUCUCAUAAGCUCUCAAUUUGUCGAGUGGAGUUGUGCUCAAUUUGCCCAGCCAGUAUCAUUCGAAACUGAGAGCGAAGCGACGAGUGAUGUUGAGAGCCGUGCACACUAUGAGCGUGAAUGGCGUUACCUUCGUAACAAAAGGCAGCGAAAAGAAGCCAGGGAGGAGCAGCAAAGAGCUCCCAAUUCUCGUAUUGAAUGCCAAGUGUUUCACACUAGGUGUCCUCAACAGCCAGACGUCGUUGCCUUUCAUCCCUUUGACCCCUACUUGGCAGUCGCAUCGAAAGACAGUUUUGGAAUAUGGGACUGGCACAAUAGUACUAAACUAACUUAUUGCGCAAGUAGAGGCAAUCGAACCAGCAGUAAACUCACAGCACUUGAGUUUAUUAAUGGUCACGAUGUGUCUCUGCUGAUGGCUGGAUCUGAUGAUGGCUCGGUCAGAGUUUGGAAGAAUUACUGUAAUGUUUUGGGCAGAGAGCCUACUUUGUUGACAGCCUGGCAGGCACUUGUUGAUGUUCAGCCUGCGACCAAAGCAUCUUCCACGUCUCCAGGGCUUGUUACCAGUUGGGAGCAGAGAUCGUUAACUCUCGCUGUCACUGGGGACGUGAGGAUUGUUAGACUGUGGGAUGCCGAGACGGAACUCAAGAGGCAGGAUAUUGCCACGGGGGCAGAUUCCUGUGCUACGUGUUUGGAUACUGAUGGGACUGGGGCUGUGAUGGCGGUUGGCUGUGGCGAUGGCUCGGUGAGACUGUUUGAUCGGAGAUUACCCCCCAAUGAGGCGAGAGUUAUGACCUGGCGGGAGCACAAUAACUGGGUUCUUGGGGCCUACCUGUCCAAGGAUGGUGGCACUCCUGGGCGGCUCAUCACAGGAUCCGUCAGUGGGGAUGUUAGGAUUUUUGAUCUCAGGAAGAAUUCCUCGGUUAAUGUUAUUCAGACGCAUACACAGCUCACCGCCUUCUCCGUUCAUCCGGCUGCUAAUAUCUUCGCUUGUGGCUCUUUGAAUCACAGCAUAAGCGUAUACAACACAACAGCGGGCCAACACUUGAAUACGAUUAAAUUUCACGAGGGCUUCAUGGGCACGCGAAUACCGCCGGUUGGAUGCCUGAAUUUUCAUCCACACCGUGUUAUCCUCGCUGCUGGAUGCAUCGAUAAUUCCAUCACGGCUUACGCCUCCGAGCCACGCAGAUGACUGUCGGAGAUGGAGUUUGUUUAUGGGGCAUACGUUCUUUAACGAAAACUCUUUGAAAGACCAUAUUUCUUCUUGUGAUGCUUUAUAUUUUCUUAUUUCUCCUCUUAAAUUUAUGAAAGAAAACGUUAAUGCUGCUUGGGAGGAGUAGUAUGACUCAACGCGAGUGGGAGAUCAUUCGAAUGGAACGUCUUUUUUUUCGAAUUCGUAGACAAUGAGUGUACAUAAUUAAUUAGACUAGUUGUGACGCGCCUAGACAUGCCGUAUCAAUCGCAAUCUAAUGGGUAUCUCGAUGAACAAUCUGAAGGAAUCAUGGUAAAAAUCUUUGGGAAGAGUAAUAAUUCAAAUGCGGGGCAAAAAAAGCUCCUCGGUGAGGGACUCCACUCGUCACUCUCACGAGAGGGCCUCGAAAACUGGCGCCGUCGCGGCUUUCUCCUGCGGUUGACAACCGCCCAUCUUCCUUGGUAAUUCGAAGGGCUGGACUCGUAAAAAAAAUGAAAUGGAACCAAAGGGGAAAAUAAAAUCAUGGAAAUAAGAGCAGUGAGAGAAUCUAAACCACUCAACCUAAGAUGGGCGCAAAUGAAGGACACUGGGAUGAGGAUGAUUCAUUCUCAUUCAAGUGGUUUAAUGCCGCCUUUGUACAUAGUUGUCCAAUUAUAAUAAAUAAAAUUUAUCAUGCCGAUGAAA